AUGAUUCGACAAGCGGCACUUCGGUAUUAUCAGCACAGUGGACGUCGUUAUCUGUCGUCGGUAGCUGUCACUCAGACAAAGGCUUUUGCUCCUGCUGCCGGAAACCGAUUGGAAGCUCUCCGCAAUCAACUGGCCGAAGAGGAUGCUACCCUAGACGAUUUCACGAAUGCGUCCACAGCUGCUGCCACAACAACCAGACCUCCCAACCGCAAGGCGGCACCUCGCUCCAGUAAAAUAUUGCCCAAACCACGAUGGCUGAAAGCCGCUCCUGCUGAUUCGGAGAAUUAUCAACGGCUUCGUCAGACGGUACGAGAAUUGGGGUUGGCCACGGUCUGUGAAGAAGCACGGUGUCCCAAUAUUGGUGAAUGCUGGGGCGGUGGUGACGGAGAAACGGCCACAGCUACCAUUAUGAUUAUGGGAGAUACAUGUACCCGUGGAUGUCGCUUUUGUUCCGUCAAAACCAGUCGAGCCCCGCCACCCUUGGAUCCAGAGGAACCCGAAAAGGUAUCCACGGCCAUUGCCAAAUGGGGACUCGACUAUGUCGUAUUGACCAGUGUCGAUCGAGACGAUUUGGAGGAUCAGGGAUCCCAGCAUUUUCGACAAGUUGUGCAGAAAUUAAAACAGAAAAAACCAGAUCUACUGGUAGAAGCAUUGACGCCAGAUUUUCAAGGAAAUCAAAAACUCAUUGAAGCCGUCGCCACCUCGGGGCUCGAUGUCUAUGCGCACAACGUUGAAACGGUAGAACGAUUGACCUCUCGAGUCAGGGACAGAAGAGCAGGAUAUCAACAAUCCUUAAUGGUACUUGACUAUGUCAAAUCCUUGCAAACAGGAUGUCUCACCAAAACCAGUCUCAUGCUGGGGUUGGGAGAAACCGACGAUGACGUUCGAAUCACGUUACAGGAUCUGAGAAACGUUGAUUGUGACGUUCUCACCUUUGGACAGUACCUCCAGCCUACCAAGAAACACUUGCCCGUCAAGGAAUACAUCACGCCGGAGAAGUUUGAACAGUGGAGGAUUGAAGCUGAAGCCAUGGGAUUCAAAUACGUUGCCUCGGGACCCUUGGUCAGAUCCAGCUACAAAGCAGGAGAAUUCUUCUUGAAGAAUUACAUUCAAGAGCAACGACAAGAGGCCAAUGUGGCGGCCAAUUAA